UAUCGAACGAUUUCCGGUGGUGAAUCGUGUACACUCCCAUGUAACAUUCAACUGUCAAAAACUAACUUAUUCUGAAUUGAGUUGGAAUUUAUUUGAGUCAAAAUGUUGAGGUGGUUAUCAGGGGAUGACAAAAGACGCAAGGAACCGGAGGUAUUUCAAACGGUUGCUGAAGGUUUGAAGAAAAUAUAUAGGACAAAGUUGCUUCCACUGGAAGAAACCUACAAAUUUCAUGAAUUUCAUUCACCAAAGCUUGAUGAUCCAGAUUUUGAUGCUAAACCAAUGAUUUUACUCAUUGGGCAAUAUUCCACAGGAAAAACUACAUUUAUUCGGUAUCUCCUAGAACAAGAUUUCCCAGGUAUACGCAUAGGCCCAGAGCCUACCACUGACCGCUUCAUAGCUGUGAUGGGAGGCGAUCAGGAUGGUGUAAUCCCUGGUAAUGCAGCUGUCGUGGACCCGGCCAAACAGUUCCGACCAUUGACAAAAUUUGGAAAUGCAUUUCUUAACCGAUUUCAGUGUUCGUUAUUGGACAACCAGGUAUUGAACAGUAUCACUAUUGUUGACACUCCAGGUAUUUUGUCUGGUGAGAAACAAAGGGUUGAUCGCGGAUAUGAUUUUCCUGGGGUCUUGGAAUGGUUUGCAGAAAGGGUAGAUAGGAUUAUUCUUCUGUUUGAUGCACACAAGUUGGACAUAUCUGACGAAUUUCACCGUGCUAUUGAUGCUAUUAAAGGGUAUGAUGAUAAAAUAAGGAUAGUUCUCAAUAAAGCUGAUGGCGUAGACCAUCAGCAGUUGAUGAGGGUUUAUGGUGCCUUAAUGUGGUCACUAGGUAAAGUUUUGAAUACUCCAGAGGUAGCAAGAGUGUACAUAGGAUCAUUCUGGGACCGUCCCCUACAGCAUGAUAUGAAUAGAAAGCUUUUUGAGCUGGAAGAGAAAGAUUUGUUCACUGAUCUUCAAGGUCUUCCCAGGAAUGCGGCGCUACGGAAACUAAAUGACUUGAUCAAGAGAGCAAGACUGGCAAAGGUCCAUGCCUAUAUCAUCAGUGCCCUGAAGAAGGACAUGCCUUCUAUGUUUGGAAAAGAUUCAAAGAAGAAAGAUUUGAUCAAGCAGUUGGGAGAAACCUACUCUGUUAUUCAACGAGAGCAUGGGAUCUCACGCGGUGACUUCCCAGAUUUAAAGCGCAUGCAGGAGGAGCUCCAGCAACAUGAUUUCACCAAAUUUCAUCAAUUUCGACCAAAACUUAUCGAAACUGUAGAUAAAAUGUUGGCAAAUGAUAUCGCUAAAUUGAUGGAAAUGAUUCCACUUGAGGACCAAAACAGUCAGAAUGAAAAACCAAAUGUAGAAGGUGGCGCUUUUGAGGCGUACAAUGAGAGUCCUUUCGGAUUUGGACGAGGGGAGGGAGCAGACGCAGGGAAAGGUGAGCAUGAAUGGAUCGUUGGUCAGGAGAAAUACAAGUAUGAUGAUGUGUUUACUAAACUGAACCCUGUGAACGGUAAAAUCACAGGAGCAGCAGCCAAAGCAGAAAUGGUGAAAUCCAAAUUGCCAAACUCAGUACUUGGUAAGAUUUGGAAGUUGGCGGAUGUUGAUCGUGAUGGUAUGUUAGACACUGAUGAAUGGGCACUAGCCAAUCAUCUCAUACAGAUUAAAAUGGACGGACAUGAUUUACCAAAUGAACUUCCGGAACAUCUAGUUCCGCCAUCAAAGAAAAACGGCUUUGCUGAUUGAUAGAACUUACAUAUACUAGAAAUUAAGCAAAGUGUUACCUACAAAAUGUGUUUCUGUGAUUACAGAAUUUGAGAGAAUUAAACAGGGAGUUAAAAAAUGUAUUCAUUGUACCAGACCAUAGUGUGACAUGUAACAUAAUUUUGCAUCUAUCAUUAAAAUCUUGUUGGUGCAGAUGUGCAAUCUCAGUGUGCUAUAUGGCUUCAGUUCAGUGCAUGUUUUACAGUAGCAGUGCAUAGACUGUAGUUUACAAGAAGUUGUGUUUUCGUUAUUUUCUGGAAGUUUAAGAAUUUUAAUUUCUGUGGAAAUGGGGCUACUGUAUCUUGAACCAAAGGAGUGUAGUCUGAAGGAAAAAAAUAGGUACAUUUGUACAUGUUCUGGAGAGCAUUGUACUUAUAAAAUAUGUGUUAAAGUGUUCUGCUUUAUAAAUUGUUCAGUCCCCAUUGAGGCAUUGUUGCAAAAUUUGUUUUUAAUCAAGAAUAUUCUAUGAUGUUACAAAUUGCAUAAUUUUAAUCUAGAAAAUUGGCAAAUAUAUGCUCUGGUUUCUACAUGAAAGCCAUUUCUUUUAUUGCGUAACACUCUUGUUAUUAUUACCUGGUAUUCCGUUUGUAAAAAGUUUUUUAUAAGCCUGUACAACAUAAUAGUGCUUUAAUAAUUACACAUUAUUUGAAUGGAAUCUAUCAAAAGGCUGAAAGUGUUUCACAUAUCAUCACAAAAGUUUCACUGUAAUUCAGCAUUCUAAAGAAAGUGCUUAACCAUUGUUAAAAAAAUUGAAAAAUACAAAAUUAUUGUGGCAUUAAGUUUUAAACUAGUGGAAUCAGAAUUUUCCGUGCUGGUCUUUGCAUUGAUUACAGUUGAAACUGUAUGAGCCGCGCCAUAAUGAAAACCAACAUAGUGCAUUUGCGACCAGCAUCCACGCAGUCUGGUCAGGAUCCAUGCUGUUCGCUAACGGUUUCUCUAAUUGCAAUAGGCUAGCGCAGUCUGGUCUGGAUCCAUGCUGGUCGCAAAUCCACUAUGUUGGUUUUCUCAUGGUGCGGCUCGUAUUAAGCAUGCAGCCAAGGGAGCAACACCAUCUGACUGUUUAAGGCAGAAAGGUUAUGUAAGUCAUGUUGAAAUAGGAACAAAAAGUCCUGUUGGUAAGCUAACUGACUGACUGACUGACUGACUGCUGAAGGCAAGUAGCUGCUAACAGAGGUUAACUUUAUACCACUAUCUUGAGACUUGCUUGUUAGACAUUUCAUGGUAAAAUGCGUUGAAACAGAAUUUAAUAUCUUAGAUUUUUGUUCAGUGUGAGAAAUUUUUGAUUGAAAACUGAAAAGAAAUCUGCCCUCCCCUAAAUGGCCUAAAUCAUAAAGUCAUGUCUGGCAUGUUUCUUCAACAAACUUGGUGCAGUCAAAUUAAACAUUAUUUUAGUCUUUACCAUUCUUUAACUGGGGUAGUUAAUUUAAAAGAAACUAGUCAGCUUAAACAUUGCCUUUUCUAGGAUAAUAUGAAAUUGAAGUUUAAUGUCUGUGGUCAGCUCAAAUCACAGUAGAUCUUUGGACUGAAUUGUAUAUGUAUGCAUAAUGUUGUUGGUUGUAAAUUUCAGUGAUAGCCCUCCAUUUAAUGAGUGCAAUGUAGAAUUAUAUGCUAUAGAAUGUAAAUGUGAGAGCUUUAGUUAUUCAUCAUGUAUAGGUCACACAGAACUGAUGGUCAUUAGAGUUCAUUUUUGAAGCAUGUCCCUGCAUAUUUUAUAAAUGAAACAUGAUAUGUAAAUUAUAGUGUGUAUGCUUAUUUGUAAGCCUCACCCUUCAUGAUUUGAAUAGCCAGUUUUUAGCAUUAAAACAUUUAGUUUAAUUAAUUUCAUACAUGUUUAAAGCAGCUUGUCUGCAGAUUUACUUCAGUUAUUGAGAAAGUAAAAAUGCACAAUUAAUGCUUUUUAAUCAGAUUUCAAAAACGAAAUUUUACAUCUUGCAGUGUAUCUAUAAGUUUAGUUUAGUCACAUGUACAGUCAUAAUGUGAAAUAAUAGUACAAUGGAUAGUACAAUGGAACUGCGUCCACUCAAACUCGACAAGAGAACCAAAAUUUGUUCUUGAGCCAUCAAAAAGUAUACAUUAUAUAGAUAGUUUGCUGGGACCUGACAAUGAGUUUGAGCUAAAGGUGGUGUAUGAAUUAACUGAGUUCCAUUGAACAAGGUUUCGACUGUAGUUUAGCCAACUUCUUUACCUUACAUCUAAACUACCUGUCUAUCAGCUUGAGUUAUAUUCAUUGUUGGUAGUAUAAGUUUUUCAAAAUGGGUAUUUUAAAGUAAAUCUGGAGGAUUCUUGCUCACAUUGCAAUUCAGUUGAAAAAGUGAAACUUCUGGUUCCAAGAUUUUAUAAAAUAGAAUUUGUUGACCAGUCUCACAUUGGAGCCUUGUCAUUUGUCAGUUUGGAGAUUGAGCGACUGGUAUCCAAUCUCUGUUUUAUAACUUUUAAGUACACCAGAUAGCAAACACCAAAUAUCAACAUGUUUUCUCUUUUUAUCUAGGACACUGUACAUGUAGAUACAAUGAUAAAUACUUUGAUAAAUGAUCUAUGAUAAUUAUGUGUUAUGAUAAUAGGUCUGUAAUAGCGUACUGUAAAAUGAGGGGUUUUUUUUGGUUACUUUCUGCUAACUGAUUGUAUUUGUGAAAUACUCUUUUUAAGAGUCAUAUUAUUGUAUACAGGAACUUACAAAAGUUGGCAUUAAAAUGUGAAUAUUCUACCAUGUGCACCAAGUCAAAUUUUAAAAACGGUUUUAGGCUUGCUAAAUAGUACUCUUAGAGUCUACAUGACUGUACUUGUGGGAAAUUGACUAACUAGUUAUUUUGUUGAGUUGUUAAUUCAGCAUAUGUUUUACAUGUUUAAUUGAAUAUUUGUUCCAUUCAUAGAAUAAGCUUAUCUUAAAAAAACACCUGUUUAUAUCCGUUAUUGAAGUGUAGCACAAUAUUUUAAAGUUUUAAUUUUGUGACACUGAACUUAUUUAUGAAAUCAGUUAUGCAAACCACUGUGUAUUUUUUACUGCUGGCUUUAUAUGUUUCAUUUAUUACGCACCUGUCAAUAUUUUGCCCGCCCGGGGGAGCGGCAGGCAUACACGGGACUUUAGACAGAAGGCCAUUCCCGACAGGCGGGAAUUAGACAAACAUUUGAUGUACCAACCAGGCUCUAGGGUGGGAUUUAGACAAAAAAGGUUGCCUCUAGGGUGGGGAUUUAGACAACAAAUUUUUUUGAAAUGUCAAAUUCUCCUGGGUCAGCCCGCCGCCCCGGUGGGCGGGCAAAAUAUUGACAGGUGCAUUAUUACUUAUGUUAGUAAUUUAUAUAUUAUGAUGUGUUCUUUUGUAAUUUUUGUUGUUGAUAUGCUUGUUAUACCCCCACAAAAGGAAGUUUGGGGGGUAUGUAGGAGUGAGCUUGUUGGUCUGUUAGUCUGUUUGUUUUCAUGGUUUCCCGACAAGGACUCAUGAAAGGUUUGACAGAUUUGAAUUAUUUUUGGUACACAGGUGUAAAGUUAUAAAAUACAGGUCAAUUGACUUUGAGAUCAGUAGGUCGAAGGUCAAGGUCACAAUAACCUAGAACGGUUUCUGGAUGAUAACUUGAGAACACUUAGGCCAAGGAGCAUAAAGUUUAGUAGACGGUUGUAACAUCAUAAAAUACAGGUCAUGUUUGACUUUGAGGUCAGUAGGUCAAGGGUCAAGGUCACAAUGACCCGGAACAGUUAAAUGGUUUCCGGAUGAUAACUUGAGAAUGCCUGGGCCUAAGAUCAUGAAAGUUGAUAGGGAGGUUGGUCAUGACCAGCGGAUGACCCCUAUUGAUUUUGAGUUCAGUAGAUUAAAGGUCAAGGUCACAGUAACACGGAACAGUUAAACUGUUUCUAGAAGAUAACUUGAGAAUGCUUGGGCCUAGGAUCAUGAAAGUUGAUAGGAAGGUUGUUCAUGACCAGCAGAUGACACAUAUUGAUUUUGAGGUCAGUAGGUGAAAGGUCAAGGUCACAGUGACCCUAAAGAGUUAAACCAUUUCCGGAAGAUAACUUGGAAAUGCUUGGGCCUAGGAUCACAAAAGUUGAUCAUGACCAGCAGAUGAUCCCUAUUAAGUUUGAGGUUUGACUUUGACAUUGGCUUACUUCUGUGACAAGGCCCGAUUGUAGGGGUAUAAUUUGCCACUCCUGUGACAGCUCUAGUAGAAGCAUUGGUGUCAGCUAGUUAUACUUUGUUGCCAUUUUUGCCAUUUUGUGUUUUACAGUAUGUUUUUUCUUUAUCAAAAAAUGAAAAAGAAACUUUUUUGGGAAAACUUGUGGUCAGUAGCAAAAACUGUUUUGGAGAAAUUAAUAUAUCUUCGUUUUUCAGAAAUGUUCUUCAUGGUUCUUCUAAGGCCAUGAAAUUACUUACAGAGAGGGUAGUGUUGACAGUAAAGAGUCUGUUAAGACCAGAAAAACUUAACACUCAUUUCAUUAGCUAAAUACUUUGUUUACAUUUUGAAAUGUUUUACUAUUGUACAUUUAUGAGAAACAAUUAAAUACAUGUACACAGAUAUUGGCUGCAGGGCUGUACUAUCAUGUUUCAGUCUCAAUUUAAAUGUAAUUAUAUGAAACCUAAUUAUAGUGUUGCAAUAAAGUUAGAUGAAUUUCAUCAGCAGUACUGCUAGGAACUGAUAGUUAGGCAGGGUAUUACACAAACAUCACAUAGUAACUUCUGUACUGUCCAGUUAUUUAGUAAUAUUUUACCUCUUUUUGAAUAUAUUUUUAAAUAUAAUAAUUAAGAUAGAUAUCUAGGAAUAAACAUAUAUACAAUUUAAACUCUUUUACAUUGUUUUGUUUUACGAAAAUAUUUGCUUAACUUUGUCAGAAAUUUUGUCCUUCAGACUAGAUUUAGAUAUUAAGAUAAUGUGUUUGUUUCAUGCUAUAUAGCCAAGAAUGGAGUAACUUGUAUACAAUUAAAACAAAUGUGAAUGGGUGUGCCAAUUUUUAAAAAAAAUACACGAGUAUAUACAUAUAUAUACAACAAAUCACUUCAGUAUGUUUAUACAAUUUUCCUGGAGCUUAAAUUUUUUUACCAGAUUGCUGAACAUUAUGAAGGUACAGUAGAACCAGGUAGGCCCGUGAAUGGUUUUUCAGUCAGUGGAGAAGGAAGAGAUGAUAUGACGUGUUUUUGUUUUUUUUGCCUAACCUUGAAAUUAAUGGCUUUAUAUUGCCUACACAUACAUGUAAUGCUUAGCAGUGUGUACAUGGAGCAGUAUUAAUAAUACAUUUUCCAUAGAAAAAAGUACAUUCCAUAAAUGUUGAAAUACCACCUUAGCUUCUAAAAUAUGUCUUUAUUAUUAAAUCUAUAUAUAAAGUCCUACCCAGUUGGUCUAAAGAGAGUCCUAGGAUUAUAGAGAAAAAAAGUCUGACUCCUUCAUAUGAUUAUUGAUAAAAAGUCACAUUCACUCAGGCAGAGCUAAAUACACAAAUUGACCAGCUGUGAUGUCAUAACAUUUUGAUAUCAACAAAAUUUGACAUCAUAUAUAAUUUACUGGAAAUAACUACCAACCACUACAAAAUUAAUGUUUGCAUUUGAUAUUUCUUUAUUCAGUUAACCCUUUAGAUUUUGUGUAGAAGACAAUCAUUGUAUAUCACAAGUGGAAACUGAUACAUUGUAACUGUUUUAUUUCAAUUUGAUGGCUGUUUUGUCAGAAAAAAAUUAAUAAGUGAAAAGACACACCUUAAGAUUGAUUUGUAUAUUCUGUUUUCUAUCAUUUUUUCCUGAAAUAUAAAGGAUAAGCAGGUAAAGAUUUGAUAGAUCAAGAGUUUUCAUUUACCUUUUAACAGAUGAGUGGUCUGUUUAUGUAUUACUGACAAACUUCAUCAUGCAUAAUAUAAACAAUAAUGCUGUAUAUCUAAAUUCACAUGAUCUUUGUUUAUUGUAAACCAGUGUAUGUAAACCUUUGUUUAUUGUAAACCAUUUUUGUAUUACAAUAGUUACAUAUCUUGUUGCUUUGGCAUGUCACCUUUCAACCAAAGGGAUAGAACUGAUACGGAUAAAGUGUCAUUAGAUAUGAAACAAAUUCAGAUUUUUUUCAAUAAAGAUAAUUUUUUUUUUAAUUAAAGCUUACCAUAUUUAAUGUUCUUAAAAAUGCACCGUUUCUUACAUUUCCUUGAAGUAUGCUAUACCUUAUGAAAAAACAAGGAUGGACAAGUCAAUUUUUACUAUUUUUGUUAAGUAAUACUUAUAGAAAUGUGGGCAUGGACAAAGCAAAUCAGUUUUACUAUGUCAUCAGUCCAUUUGACUUACUUUCAUUAAUUCAAUUAGCAUUUCUCAUUCUUGCCAAGCAGCCAGAUUAUUCCUCGGUAAUAUGUUAUUUUGUACUUGCUUUCAAUGUAUUUGCUUUUAGGUAGAUGUUAAUCUUCUAAGUAGAGAAAGUAAAUUGAUUCAUCCUAUCUCUGUAAUACUGCUUGAUUUGAUUGUCAGUGAACUGUAAAACUGUUUUGGGACUAGUCUAAAAUUCCUGCUUAAAAUUUGUCAUUUCUUUACAACAGUUUCAAAAUUAAGUGAAAUUAAUUGAAUUUAGAGAUUGGUUUCAAGAGAGAAAGGAAGCUUGGUGACAUUUUGUUCCAGAAUUUUUAAUUAUUAAUUGAAAUAAGCUUUUCUGAAAAGUCUAGGAGAUAUACUUAAAAUUUAUUUACAUGUAUUUGCUGGUGUUAAGCUUGUUCCCUACAUCACAUUUUGAAAUCUUGCUUGUAGCAAUACCCUGCAGUUCCUUCCCCACCUGAGCAACUUGUGCCCAACUGGAUCUUGUGUUAAAAAAGUUUGUCUCGGCCAGGUCAGAAUGUGAAUUGACAUAUAUUCAAUUUUCUAUGUUGGAUUUACAAUGCAGAAUUGGGUACUUUCCAUGUUUAUAAAGGUUCUGUUGAACUUUUUCCACAAGGACAAUUUUCAUUAAGAGUCCUGCAAGGUUUCAUUUGUGUGGUAACAUUGGAAAAUUUUAUGAAUGCUUGAAUAACUCAGCAUAUUAUUAUUUUAACUCUUGUUUUGUACAAGGUUUACUUGAGUAAUGUAUCUUCUGUUGUCCUCAUAUCUCUGCUUUUAUUUACUACUUAGUCAAGUUACAUUUGUGAAUGCGUGUAUAUUUUCAUAAAUUUCCUUUUUAUAUGUAAAUGUGGAGAUAAAAGUAUUCUAAAUAGUAACCAAAAUAUCAUAAAAAAUAAAUUUUGGCCUCAGUUCCACAUACAUUCUAAAGUCUUAUUCAAGGUGCGUUUUUUUCUGGUACUAGUGUAAGACAGUGAUUAAGAGAAACUUGUCGAGACAAGAAAAUUGGUGUUAUAUUAGGUUACAUGUAUCUGUCAUUUUUCUUCCUUCUGCCUGGUUCAGAUAAAAGGCUGGAUGUGGACAAUACAUCAUCUGUUAUGUAAACAUUGCACUUCAUUAAGAGAAAACAACAUCUUUUUCUUUCAAUGCAGUUAUCUCUAGAAUGGUUGUCUACAGUAAAUGCUCUGGUUUUUUUUGUCCUCUGUCAGAAGAUCUGUGAUAACAGUGGAAACAUAGGCUGUGAGUAUUUCAUUAAGUAAGUGCUAAUAUGUACUAAGUUGAUGUAAAUGGAUGUCAUGUUGAUACCUAUAGCACAAUCCUCCGGAGCAUCUAGACUUCCAUUGCAUGCCGUCUUAAUCAGUUUCAUCACUCCCAAUAUGUCCAAGUUUAUUUUCAACUUGAACUUCUGUCUUAGUGUUGGAAUGAUGUCACAUUUUUAUGCAGAAUUUAUUGGCACCAGCCACAUAAUUUUGAUUUAUAGCCACUAUGAAAUUUAGUUAAAGCCAGCUGAACCAUUCAGUUCGGUAUACAUGCAUACAUUAUAAGAAUAUCACUGUACAAUUACUUUAAAAGCUUUUUCCAAGUACAUGUUUCUGCCAUUAUUUGCUUAAUAUAAUAAUUAUUAGGUAUUUUACAAUAUAGUUUGCUUGAUAUUUCAUAAUGCAUGAAGUCAUAAUUAUUUCACUUUGUGUAUUUUAGUGCUUCAAAUUGUAGGAAUUUAUCAAAUUGUAAAUGGCAAACCACUGUUCAUUCCUUCAAUCAGAUUUUCUUUGGAUAAAAGGUUACCAUACAAUUAGUUAUUUCUGGUGCCUAAUGUAAGGGAGGUAACUACAGUGGAUAUUGACAUAUAUUAUUAUGCCUCCUUUUGUUAUUGACCUUCUGUACUCUUAAUAUGUUUCAACAAUUGUUUUCCUAAAAUAGCAAAUCAAAAUCAGAUGCAUUUUUUUUUUUGCUGUCUGUUCAAAUUUCAGAGCUUCAGAGAAGUAUGCUUUAUAGAAAGGAAUGACAUAUUAACCUUAAGCCUGCUAAAUUUCUAAAAUGGACUGAUCCAUCUAUCAAUUUGGGCAGUACCAUUUAUCAUUCGAAGGGGUGUUCACUUAUACUGACUGAAUAGCAUACAGUGUAGACCAUGAUCAGCCUGCCCGGAUGUGCAGACUGAUCUUGGUCUGCACUGGUCACAAAGGCAUACUCACUUUCCGAAUUGUGCAUUAUAAGCUGCAGAAAUAACCAGUUGUGUGGUUACAGAAAGGAUUAAUAAAAUGGCUCAUUGUUUUUGAGUAUUUGUAUUGUAUCGUUAAGGUCUAUGUUCACAGUACGGCUUGUUAAUGUAUGUACUAUUAUAUUGUCAAUACAUGUAUUCUGUCAAUAAAAUAUAGUCUACUUUAACAAA